GCAGACCAAGACAGCUUGCGAUUAUUGAGCCGGUCACGUUUUAAUAAGCUGCGUGGUUUCGCUGGAGAAGAAACCUGUCAUACAUGUACCCUUGUUCAACCGGUUAGAGAUGGCCAUGAUGUAAUACUGUGGCCAGGAGACAACCUAAGGGAACCAUUUAUAUGGAUUUCGUGGUUUGCGAGGUACCCUAUUAACAGUUCGACCACGUACACAGGCUGGAACUUUCUAGGAGGCUUAAAUUAUACGAGACAUCCUCACAUCUACAAGUCGGAUUAUAAAGUCGACUGGAGGGGCUUCCUGUCUAUUCAAAAUGUGACGACCAGUCAUAAUGGGACUGAAUUUAAGGGAGAAGUAAAGGAAAAGAACGACAUCGAACCGAAAAGAUUAUACAUCAAGCUUUUUGUCAUCGCUGAAAAAGGUAAUUGAUUAUUAUUGUUAUUUUUUUUAGAAUCGACCAAUGAUUUAUCCGCCAAUGAUAAUUGUUAUCCUUAUUCAGACAGGACUGCUUUUUGUUUUGUUUUUUUUUAAUUAUUAUUUUAGUUCAUUUAAUUAUUAAUUUUGUUUUCCCUUCCUGUGACGGCGGGGGAGUGGGGCUUCGGGAACCUUUUUUAUUGACAAAAUGCAAAUUACAAAAAACAGGACUGUCAAAACCAAGAGUGAAUGAGGGCCAAUUGUAUUGGAAAUUAGUAUUCUCUUACCUCAUUCUCUCUUUUCAAAACUCGCUUGCCAUGGUAACUUCAAUGUUGACGUACGCUUGACGACGAUUUUUCAAUGUCCCUAGAUAAGUUUUAGGAAAAGUCACAAAGUUUCACCGUCAUAGCUUGGACGGUUUUAAAGUAAUUCAGAUCUGUAGAACAUUGAGAAUGAAAGACACCCAAUUCCCAGGCCUUACGUCUUUGCAAACAGGUCCGAAAAAGAAAAACGGUCUUCUAUAGACGAAAUGGCAUAUGCAGUGGUAUACAUCAAGUGAUGGCUGAAGAUUACAUUUCAAACAAAAUACUUUUUCUCAAUGUUUUUAAGGGAAUUACAAGUCAUAAGCCAUUAGCCUCCCAGGCAGACGUUCUCAGGGGUUCCGCUAACGUCUGCUAAAUCGAAAGAUAAAUUCCUUUUCCAUUGUUCGCAAAUAUCAGCUGGAGAUCAUAUGCAGAUUAUCGGAGAUCCAAUCGGCGCUGUUGAAGUCAAAGUGUUGACAAGCCAAAAACAUACGUACAGGCUCGGUAGAGUGUGAUACCUGACCAAAGAUUUUUGCUCCGGACAAGAAUAUGAUGUAUGAAAUAAGCGUUGGCUUUUUGUAUAUAUCUCUCCGUAAAGGCUGGAUUAGAUGUCAUUUGCGAAUAUUCAAAGUUGUCAGUUCUUUGUGUGAUACAACGGCGGCGUUGUACGAUGUAACUGAAAAAAAGGCAGAAAUUUUUUUCACACUUUAUUGUUUUGUAAUAAAGCAGACUUCCGGUCAGCAAAUUCAACCUCAGAGGUUUUUUUUUUUCAAUGAGAUUGUGAGGGUAUAUACCCUCUAGUACGAAGGCGUGUGAGGUAACCGAGUAGUUUGUUCUAAAACUGUAGUGUAAAGUCUUCACCUAAUUCAUGAGACCUUCCUUAUCUUUUCUGGAACUAAGACAAGCGCGAAAUUUCUCAAGGUCCAGAGUGUAUUUCCCAAAUCUGAAGGUGUGCUGUGAUUGGUCUGCGUUUUUUACUCUCGUUUCAGCAGACGUUUUUCAGGCAGGAACGCGUGACGAACCCCUAAGAACGUCUGCGGGGGAGGCUAAUAAGCUAUAGGUUUCAUAUUGAAAAAUCCUUUUUCAAUCUCCAUAACAUCUUCCCGAAAAUAUUUAGAUCCUGGCCUAUAGAACAUUUGGCGGAUCGAUUUUCACUAAUCAGUGCGAUUGAGCCUCAAGUAAACUAAUAUCGUCUUUAUUCGGGUUUAUUUAAGACAAGUCGCUUUUCUGCAUUUUUGAACAUUUUUGUUAAAUUUGACACUUCUUUGAGAGGGUUCGGCUGAGUCCAUGAAGGUUCAACGAAAAAAAAAGACCAUGGCAAAGACUGAAACAUGAAGUACAAGAUUAUAAGGCAAAUAGUCUGUCGCAUUAACAACGCCAGCCCUCCGCUAACCUAUGGGGAAUUAUGUCACUUCAACUGCGCUAAUUACAUUUUUUUUCCCUUUUUUUUUUCAUAUUAUCAAUCACUAGAAGUGUUUUCCGGAACAACAAGCAGCCCUGUUACAUCACCAACUGAUACGUCGACAAGCCAGCAAUCCACAGGCACGUACUAUAUUUACUCUAAGUGAGGUCAAGGCAGGAAAAUAUGGGAUUUAAACAAAGCCUUGGGCCUAGACAAUAUCGUAAGGGAUUUAGGAGGGCUUACAAACGAAAGGGGAGGAAGAGGGACUUAUAACUGGACUAAAAAGAAGAGUUUUAAAACAACCUACGUUGUUACGUGGCAGUGAUGAUCAAAAUAAGUAUUUUGUAUAUUCAAUCGCUUUUUUUUAAGCUUCAAAACGUCGUAAAUAUGGAAUUCACUUCAGUACAAGCUAGAAGGGGGCUGGCUUAUAACCGGGGAGGCUUAACCGGAUGUAUUUUUUUGUUUACCGGUAGAUAGGUCUAUAAAUGGGGGUGCUUAGAAGUGGGUUGGGGGAAGGGGGGGCUUAUAGGCGGAAGUUCCGUGUUACGGAAAUUAAGGCCUUCAGUUCUUAAAAUAGUAUCUAAGUCCCUUAUUACAUGUACAGCUAUAAUAUAUUAUCAUUCGAAGCAAAUUUUUCUUUCUUUUCAUUGGCCGAGAGCCCACCUUGCAAACUGCCUAUAAAUAAGAAGGUCUCAAUGGAGUUAACCGAUAGGAGUAAAACGGCCAAAAAUUUAGCCGAUAGCCGUAAAAAUUAAAAAAAAAUAACCAUUAGCCCUAAAUAGUGUAAAAAAAGAGUUAACCGUAAAAGAAAGUGUUCCCUAGAUUUGCUACUUUUAAGGAAGGUACUAAACUCACUUAUGGUUGCGUUUUUUAUUUCCCGGCUAGUGUGACUCCGUACGCACGUUAGGCAAAGCGCCUUUUAGGUGUUAACCAAGCCCUAGGCUCCAUUUCCGGCGCAUUUUGGGGAACUAACUUUUUCCAUAGCGAAAGUGUGGCUUCUUGCUGGGGAUUAAUAUUUGCAAUUUUCAGGAGGCCGUGCCCUCAAAACAUUAGUGAAACAACACGCAGAGAUGUCACUGUUUGUAAAACACGUUGCCGAUAAACAACAUAUUCCUGUUUUUCUCGGACGCUACGGUAGACAUCGCCAUGCCUAGUCCCUGUUCGGCGUCUUCCCACGCAAUCUCGGUCAAGGUAUUUCAGUGGCGAACUCGCUCGCACCACAUGACCCGAAAGGCAUCAGCCGCGCGGAAUAAUGCGGCCUACGGACAAGGCAACGGUAUGACAGUCGUUCCGUACAGUCCUUCGCUAUCAUUAGAAACACUGGACACGGGAAUUUUGUUUUCACACUAGACCUAGAAAUGGAUCAUCCGUCUGAGACUAGCCUGUGUACAGUCGCGCCCUCCCAACAGACACCCCUUCUCCGAUUUUUUUCUGAGGGGAGGGGGCGGCUGUACACAGGCUAUCUGGAACGGAUAAUCCUGUCUUCAAAAGUCAGGCGGAUUGUUUAUUCAAAUUAAAACUAUUCCAUUGCCAAAUUAAGAUGUAUCACCUAUCUGACGCGAAUCAUCAAACGGAUAACCCGUCUCACACGAAUAAUCCUUCUCUAGUGUGAAAACAGCCAUUUCUGUUAUAAUGAAUGUCGCGCCCUGUCCUUGAAUUGGGCGUUCGCGUGUCUGCUUUUGCUUUUUCACAAAGAUUAUUUUUAGUAAAUUGACUAUUGACAUUUCUAUGUUUAAAAUAAUAUCAGAAGUGCAAUACUUUAUAAAAAGUAUGAUCUAUCAAAUGUGAAAAUUUUUCAAAAGAAUAGCUUAUGUCAUCCCGAGAUGAUCCGAAGACUUUAUUUUGAUUUAAAGAUACAAAAAAAUACAGGUAAAUUAAUAUUUAACUUUUUGAAACAAAAGAAGUUAAUUUUUAACUUUUUCGUUAACCGUGACUGAAAAAAUUAACCGAUAGCCGUAAAAGAGCCAAAAUUUUAGCCGAUAACCGUAAAAGCCACCACCCCGUUGAAACCCUCAAAUAAUGGUCUGCUCAUGUGCAAUGCCGUCUAACUGUGUUUGGCUGCAAAUAAUAUUCUGCACAUGCGUAAAGGAAACCAUGCUUUUCUCCUUCUUGCUGUCGCUGUUGCGUGAAAAUGGCAGAUCGCUUCGCUUCCCGAGGAUAUUCAUUAAAAAAAAAAAAAAAACAAACUCAUUGAUCGAAUGGUAAAACAAUUAUGGAAUUCGGUUAUCGCAAAAUAGUGUGGUUUGUCUGUGUCUCGCAGAUCAAUUAUUUAUUUUCGGCUUCGGCAAAUAAUUGAUCUGCUCGCCACAGACAAAUCACGAUAUUUUGCUCAACCUCGUCCAAUAAUUGUUAAUUAUUUGCUUGGCACAAGCUAAACUCGGCACAUUUUUUUCUUUCAUGUUCAAACGGCAUGAAUAUUUUCCUUUUACUUGUCGUAUACUGUUCAUUACGUCCACAAAACAACAGUUUCGCUCUCCUUGCACAGGUUUUAUCAGCCCAUUUCCUGUUUUGAGAAAUUUUCAAAUUAACCUUCGGCCGUACAAGUAGAGAUGGUGGUGGUUGGCACCUCCCCUCUGAGAUUAGGGUUAGGGUAAGGGUUAAGGUUUUUUUCUGGGCGACAAAACAUCAGCACGUAACGUUUUCAGUAGCUGUUUGUUUAUCCAAUGUGCAAAUUUUGAGACAAAUUAAGUGAUAGUCAGUUACUAUGGUUACGAAAUAUGACGUCAUAAGUAGCAGGUGUUGAAGCCAAUGAGUGAAAAUGCAUGUCUCUUCAACUUUUUAGAACAAUGAAAGCAAAACCUCUGGAUGAAAUGGUACAAAGUGCUUAUUUAUUUGUUAUUUUACAUGUCAAGCACAAAAAAAUUACAUUUAUCGCGAAUUCAACUGAUUUCUCAUUCUUGGUAAAUCCAAGAUCCCGACCAUUGCUAGUGACGUCACAGCUGGCCUCCAGCAGCGCCACCACCCACAAAAUGUACCUCCUCUCGUAGAGAAGAUCAAAGGCUUUCCACUAAAGGCAAAAUCGUUUCGAAAUACAGCAACAUAUCAAAACCUUUGGGGAAGGGUUCCAACACCCCCCCCCCACCCCCUUGUACCACGGUAGGGGUAUGGAUUUGCGUGUACGUCUGAGGGUUACGUUGGCAGUAAACGUGAUUCUUAAUUCAAUCUUUCUGAUAGCAUUUCCGUCAAAAAGAUCCAUCCCUGUGUCAUCACCAACUGAUACGACAUUCCGGCCGAAGCACUCCACAGGUACGUAUUUACCUCAAUUAAAUAUCCUGGUUCUUUAACAAUUUAAACUAAAAAGAAGAAGACUUUGAGGUCGCAUUUAAAGGGGAUCAUUGUCACGUGUAUUUUGAUAUGGGAUCCAUUGCCAGUUCCUACCUCAACUAGUUAAUAAUAUAUAGAUUUAGCCAGGGCUAAAAGCGAAGCUCUCGAUAAUAUUUACAGUUUGUUCAAACAAAAUAUAAAAUCGUGUAAUGCUAAGCGGCGAAGGCAUGCAACGCCGGAAAACGGUGAAAAACAACAAUAGGUCUAAUUAGCAAAAGCAACUUUUUACGUGCAGCACACUUUUUUUGGACAUUUCUUUCUCUUCUUUUUGCACGACUUCAACGUAAAACUUCCAGAAACUUCUUAGUUACAAGUUUUAUGGAGGAAAUGUCGUGCGUGUUCCCGUUCACUUUUUUUCACAGCCGCUCAUUUUCACGUUGCAUUGGUGGCCGCUAGCAUUUCUCAUUUUGUGACCGCCGCGACAAAAUGUUCAUGUUAUUCUUCCAACAAAAAGAUGUCUCCUUCAGUUUUUUUAUCUCUCGCUCUAAAUCCCUGUCGCCCUUUUUCUUAUUGAGCUUCACUUGCCUGCCGCCCACUUUCUGUUUUUCUCUGUCUUUCUCUUUUUCUAUAUGUUCCAAAUUUGUGGACCUGACAAUUUAUCUAAGCUUAAUACUUUAGACAACACGAAUAGAGAAACAAUUUCCGCUUUCCGUUUUCGUCUUUAUUGACUCUUUUGUUGUCUCUGCUUUACAAGACGCCGGUGGCUAUGCGAUUUCCCACCAAAAUAACCUCGAGUUGCAUUUGCGCUGCCAUACUUGUUGAUUGAGUUAUUUUACACUGGUAUGCCUGUGGUGCGGACGGACGGUCUCUCGGGCGGUCGGUCGGUCGGCGUACGCUCUCGUGAUUACCAAAUUUUCUCGGAUGGGUAGACUACUUUAUUUUCUUACCCAUGGUGCUCCGCUGGCGUGCUUCGCGCGCGAGAGCUCCUCUAUCAAGUUUUAAUAGUGAAUAGGCAGAUCUGAUUUUCCUAAGAUCCAUAGUUUUCUUUUACUUAAUUAAUGUAUUUGUUAUGAGUAUACCAUUACUAAUUUAAUUAUUUUAAUAAUUAUUUGCAUUUUCUUUAUUCAUCAUUUUUCCUUUUCUUCCGACAUCAGAACUUUGUUGUUUUUAGGAAACUGUCAUAAUUGUAUUUUUUAUCCACUUAGAAUAACUCGGCCAAUUGUGGGUAUAUAAAGUAAUUAUUUUCACACUGAAAAAAAAAGAUGUUGUUGUUGUUGCGUUUUGCUAUCUUUAAAAAGAUUUUUUCUCCUCAAGCGAAUUCCAAGAACAGUGGUUACUUAUUUAACUCUAUAUAAGGGAAUUGAGACUGUUUCUUUUCGUCUGUCCAACGCGUGGCAAGUAUGGACAUUAAAACUUAAAAAUGUCGGGCCAACUUUUUCUGGUUCACUCUAUCAGCAACUAUCACUUUCCAAAUGAUACCUGGUACCAGGUAAUGUAUUACAAGUUUGAAGACCAAGAACUGUAUAGGAGUAGUAAUAGACUCAAUAAAUGAUCAACCACAAUGAGAGACAAAACCUGAGACAUUUCUAUAAAAUAGCCCUUUUUUGAACAGUGGACAUACCUAUCCCCUCCCCCUGUGUACCCACCCCCUCCCUCAAGUGUUUCCUUUACUACAAAGAACAUUGAUUCGGGGGUGGGGGAUUUACGGCAUUUAAAUAGAAUAAAAUAAUAAAUGUAUUACAUCUUUGAUAAAAGCCCCCGUUUUAGACAAGUGUGUCAACUACUUUUGUCCCUGAUUGAUAAAAAGGGUGAAAUUUACUAAGUACAUGGAAAAACCGGAAAUUCCGGUUGGAAAAUCAAAUGCAGAUGGUUUGCGCCAUUCCGUUUGGGAAGCUUCAGAAAAUAUGGGCUGUGUUUUGAGGCGAUGCAAUUUUUCUACUCUUUUUAGUCUGUUCAGCUGAUUUGGAAAGUACCUUGUGGCAAGUUGUUCUCCCACCAAGUCAAAUUUUACAGCUUUAAGUUUAUGCACAAGAUUUCCACCCGGGUGGUUUGAGUAAACGGUAAGCAUCCCUUGUUUCCAGCCUUCCGUAUUUAGAUAUUAGUGGUUAACCACGGACAGCAAACUUAUGACUGAAUUGCAUUUAACUAAAAUGAAUGUGUGUAUAAUACCUUUUUUUUGUUAUAUUCUUUACACCCUAGGUUCACCGAAAUCCACCACUGAUGAUUACUGCUUUGGAAAUUUUGCCAUCAUCCUUGUUAUUAUAGUGGGUAUCAUCAGUUUUCUACUGGGUAUGUUGGUGAUGUACCUUGUUUUAAAACGGAAAAAGAAUAGGAAUAGAACUGUUUCAAACAACGAGCCAGACGAGGAGUCAACUUCUUUCACCAACUCCGCUAUUGCAGACGAUGAUAACAACAAAAUGCAGAUGCAAGAUCCUGAGUACGACCAUUAGAUACUUACUGCCUGAUUGAAAUCCUCUACCUACUUACAAACGUUGAUUUACAUCACUAGCUUGAGUGAAACAGUCUUUCGUUGGGGUAUUUCCUCAUAAUCUUGACAUUAAUAAGCGAGUGACAAGCAAGCUUAAACACCUAAGCGAGCUUUAGCGUUGAAGACAAUAUAUGAAGGGAAGCAAAUACCAAUUUCGCUAAAAAAGAAAUUAAAUUAAAAAUUGUGAGGUUUGGAACACUCGAAUCAUAUAAGGAAAUAAUAAGAGACAGGAAUGUUUAGUCCUAUUUUUGACGAAAAGAAGAUUGCUACGCUUUUUUAUGGUUGUGAAGUUUUGUCACAUUUUACAGCGCUUCCUAUAGAAAGAAAGAAAGAAGAGUUAAGUUAAUCAAAUCAUCUCUUCAGCAGCUUUGAGUACAAUUGUAAGCUUCACAAAAAAGUAAAAGUAAUAAUAGCGAAAAUAACAAUACAUGUAUUAUGAGGGAAUAACAUGACUUUUUGAGGG